CCAUCUCAAAACCACCUUCCUUUCCUUAACAAUCACCUUAUCACCUUCCCAUACAAAGUGAUAAAGGUUAUAUUGUUUUUCUGAGUAAUCAAGACUUGCCAUGGCUACUCGUGCUUAUGUGUUGAUGAUUAGCAUGAUGAUGCCCAUCUUUUUGGCUUCGUUUGUCUCUGCAGACCCUGACUUGCUUCAAGAUGUCUGUGUUGCAGAUCUUUCCUCAGAUAUAAAAUUGCACGGAUUCCCCUGCAAAAGCAACAUUACUGCAGACGAUUUUUUCUUUGCGGGGCUAGCGAAGGCAGCUCUCACUAACAACACAUUCGGUGCAACUGUUACACCUGCUUUUGUCCAACAAGUCCCUGGGCUUAACACUCUGGGCGUGGCCAUGGCUCGCAUUGAUUACGCACCAGGUGGCCUGAACCCACCACACACCCACCCAAGAGCCACCGAAAUAGUGUUUGUGUUGACCGGAGAACUGGAUGUGGGCUUCAUAACUACAGCAAACAAACUAUUCACAAAGACAAUCAAGAUGGGUGGAGUGUUUACGUUCCCUAGAGGCUUAAUUCACUUCCAGAUUAACAAUGGAAAGGUUCCUGCAGCGGUGAUUGCAGGUUUCAACAGCCAGUUGCCGGGUACCCAAAGGACGGCAGACGCUUUGUUUGGGUCAUCUCCGGCGGUGGAAGAUGUUGUGUUGACUAAGGCAUUCCAAAUUGGAACCAAAGAAGUGGAAAAAAUCAAGUCCAGGUUUGCUCCUAUGAACAAGAAGUAAAAUCACAAGUACCCACGUGUUUGAUUCAUAUGGGCUUGGUUGGUUUUCUUUUUGUUCUUCAAUAAAAGACUAUGGAGGAAACAGGUGUCCUACGGCUCCCAGAUUUCUGAUUUUGUCAAUAAAACAGUCAUUUUAUUGGUUCUAUUUUCCCUAUAUAUAGACGUCAUGUACCAUUCAUACACGAUUUUGCUAUCUCUUUAAUAUUUAUAUAUUAGUUGGCAAAUAAAUUAAAUGCUUUCAGAAA